GGACGACGUCGGAUUCUUAGAUAUAAAAGUUCAAACUUUUACGGUGUUUUCAUAGUAAACUACCCUUACGGUGUGCGCCAGUGACUUGGGCACACUGAAUACGAACCUGCGUUCGGAAAAUCGACUUCUUGUUCCUACGAAAACCCUAUGUUCAUUGGAGUUCUCUACGCACAGCACUAGAACUCCGUUAUCAUAUCGAUCGUUCGUAGCUCGGGAUCUUCACAUGUCAGUGGCCUGUGGUUCCUCCAUGGCCUUGUACACUUAUCCUGCCGUUCCUUGACCUUUCUCCAUGAUGGCGAACAACUCCAAGGAAGAGCCCAAGACCGCUCCGCAGUCCGAUCGCUGGUACGAUCUGACGCUAGGCUCCUCAUUCAAGAACGAUUCAUCUAACAAAUACUGCACUUUACGAUAUGAAUUUAAGCCUGCUUCAAUUGAUAAGACUAAGCCUGGAUCUUUGCACAAAAAUAAGGAAAAUAGAGUUUCAGUGGAAUUUCACAACAAUCAAUUGGGAAAGCCCAAGGUAACCUUUGAGGGAAGCAGCGAAGAUUAUAAAGAAAAUGACGCAGUACUAUUUUUUGACGGUGAGAGUUUCCGGUUGGAGAGGCUUCACCGAGCUGUGAAACAACUUCGGCACCUUAGGCAGCCGGGCGAAUCUGCAGCAGCUGCUCAAGCAUCUCUGUCUGUGGAGCCUCGAUUAUCUCCAGUUGGAAAGGGUACAAAACCUGUAUUUGUGGGUAGAAGCUCUGCCCCUGCUGUGCCGGUUGAAGUGGAACGAAUCGAUAUCGGUGGGCCAGAGAAUCCAGGUGCUAAAGCUGUUACUAAGGAGAUUUCUGCAAAAUCUUCUGUCCCCCCGAACCUGCCUGGCGCCUCAGCAGGACCUAAGAAUGACGAUGGUGAUGAACAUCAAGAUAUAGAUAUCGAUGAAAUUUUUGGUAUGGGUACACCUGAAUAUGAAAAUGCAGACGAACAAAAAGUUGAUGUUGACGGUGAAUUUGAUAUCAAUGUACCAAAACAAAAUGACACCGAUGAUGAGAUUGCAGAUGUGGAUGUUAGUGGUGAUGAAGGAGAGAAGGGGCCGAAUGCUGCAGAAGCCCUGAGAGCUCAAGUGAAUGCUGAGGAGAAGGAUGGUCGGUCCUCAAGUUCGAGCAGCAGCAGCGGCAGCGGAAGCAGCGGAAGUGGAAGCGGAAGCGGAAGCAGCAGCAGCAGCGACAGCGAAGGCAGCGAUGAUGAUGAAGUAAAUUCUGUAUGAGGGUGAUGAUGCUGGGGAAAAGAAGAAGAAAGUAUUGAGAAGGCAAUUCUCAUGGCUCAUGAAAGUCCGCCAAUAAAACAUCCUGGAAUUAGAUUGUGCCUACAUAUUUUGUUUUACUUUUUUUGUUCAGAGUAAGCUGGUUUGCUAAUUAUGCAACCGUUUUAUGAUUCCUUUUUAAAAUAUCGAAGCCAUGUUUAACAUGGCAGGAAACAUUUGUCGCAAGAAA